UUGCUGCGGUGAGGUCACUGGCGGGGGGGGGGCGAUGUCUUCCUGGAGGGGAAGCAGCUUUGUUGGGAAAUCGAGGCCCUGCAGCCCCACACCCCGGGGGCUGUAAGGACCCUCCUUGCUUGCAUGGGCUUCCUUUGGGUGCAUUGGAGAAAUAGGCUCUGGAUCUUGCCUGCUUGAAUCCUGCAAAGCCUCCCACAGGGUACAGAACCAUAGACCAGAAUCAAACUGGAUUAUCCUCUCCUUCCACUGGAAAGAAAAUGAAUGAAACAGAUCCAGUUCAGGAGCCGGUGACCUUCGAAGAUGUGGCCGUAUAUUUCACGGAGGGCCAGGCUACUUUGCUGGAUCCAGCCCAAAGGUCCUUGUACAAGGAGGUCAUGCUGGAGAAUUAUGGGAACGUCGCCUCGCUGGGAGGAUCUGAAGACCCCAAGCCGGCCCUGAUUUGCCAGCUGGAGCGAGGGAAAGAGCCGUGGGUGGCUAAUCUUCGGCGCCUGGGCGAAGAGGCGCUCAAGGCAACCUCAGGAGACUUGAAGAAGAAAAACGUGUGUCCGGAGUGUGGAAGAUGCUUCUCUGACAUGUCUGUCCUUCUUGAACAUCGGAGAUGCCACUCAACAUGGAGACCGUAUAAAUGCGUGGAUUGCGGGAAAUGUUUCCCUGGGUUUUCAGAGCUUUUGACACACCACAGAGUCCACGUGGCUGAGAAAGCUUCUCAGUCCUCCGAGUCCGAGGAAGGUUUGGACAUCAAAACAGUCAUCGUCGGCCAUCAGGGAAUCCACACGGGAGAGAAACCUCACAAAUGCUUGGAGUGCGGGAAGUCCUUUGAUUUCAAGUCCACCCUGGCGACACACAUGCGCAUCCACACGGGGGAAAAGCCUUACAAGUGCUUGGAGUGCGGGAAGUCGUUCGCUCGGAAAGGGAACCUUUCUGGUCACCGGAGACUCCACAUGACCGAGAAGCCUCACAAAUGCAUGGAGUGCGGGAUGUCCUUUGCUCAGCAGUCGAAGCUCGUCGGUCACCAGAGAGUCCACGAGGAGCUUUUCAAAUGCUUCGAGUGCGGGAAGUGUUUCCCUCACAAGGGCCUUCUCAUCGAACACCGGCGGGUCCACACGGGAGAAAAACCUUUCAAGUGCUUGGCCUGCGGGAAGUACUUUUCCCGGAAGUCGAACCUUGACGAUCACCAGAGAAUCCACACGGGGGAGAAGCCGUACAAGUGCUCGGUGUGCGGGAUGUGCUUCGCGGGCCGCUCGUCCCUCACCUACCACUACCGAGGCCACACUGGAGAGAAGCCCUUCAAGUGCCUGGAGUGCGGGAAGGAUUUCGCCGACCGCUCGUCGCUCCAGUACCACGAGAGAGGCCACACGGGAGAGAAGCCGUACAACUGCUUUGAGUGCGGGAGGAGCUUUGCCAGUCGGUCCUCCCUGGUUUGCCACCGGAGGACCCACACCGGCGAGAAGCCUUACCAGUGUGUGGAGUGCCUGAUAAGCUUUGCCGACAAGUCGGGCCUGAUAUGCCACGAGAGGGUCCACACAGGGGAGAAGCCGUACACCUGCCUGGAGUGCGGGAAAUCGUACUCCUUCCGCUCGUCCCUUGUUUGCCACGAGAGGUCCCACACGGGAGAGAAACCUUACCAGUGCCUGGAGUGCGGGAAGUCUUAUUCCGACAGGUCGUCCUUUGUUUACCACCAGGGGACGCACACAGGAGAGGAACGCUUCAAGUGUCUUGAGUGCGGGGUGUGUUUUGCCCCAAAGCGGCCACUUUCCAGGAUCCAUGGCAUCCCGGUGGUACAGCACCCGAUUCAUCACGAGAGUUGCUCUUUCUAUCUCAAGUUGAAAAUGGAAUCAGAAAUAAAAGAAGAAAAAUGAAGACAGGAACCCAGCAGCAGGCACCUGAUCUUCAUGUGAAGGAAGUUGCAGUAUCUCUGUUUACACAAUAUCUCGGUUGAGUGUCUUGCAUCACUAGCACUUCGAUGUGGCGAGUAAGGAUCGGACAAAGGAGGCCUCCGUACCUGUAAUAUUAGGCUUUGUUCUUGGAAAAGGUUUUCCGUGGAGUUUGGGCUGUAUACAUGCUACAUAAACCUUUGAAACAAGUUUGAAGCGCAUUAUUUCCCUCAGAGAAUUCUGGGCACUGUAGUUUUCCGCUCCCAGAGGAGCAAUCCCCAACAGCACUGAAGAAGACUACAAUGCCCAGAAUUCUUUGAGGCAGGGAGAAUGUGCUUUGAAGUUUGCAUACCCACCAUACAUGGAAAACAGGUUUGAAGCACACAGGCUUCCCCCAAAGAACCCUGGGAACUGUAGGCUGUUGCAGGUGCUGGGAAUUGUAGGUCUGUGAGGGGUAAACUACACUUCCCACAAUUCUUUGUAGAGGCUUCAUUUUCUUUGAAUGUGUAGUGUGUGUAUAACCUUUGAAACAUCCCCUUAGUCCAGAGCAGGCAUAGGCAAACUCGGCCCUUCAGAUGUUUUGGGACUACAACUCCCAUCAUCCCUGACAACUGGUCCUGUUAACUAGGGAUGAUGGGAGUUGUAGUCCCAAAACAUCUGAAGGGCCGAGUUUGCCUAUGCCUGGUCCAGAGGGUGAGCCUGUGGCUCUUCAGAUAUCAUUGGACUCCAUCUCCCAUCAGCUCCGGGGUUUGUAGUUUUCCUUUUCCCUCCCAAUCCUUUUUCCUUUCGUGUCGUGUUUUUUGUUUUUAAGAAAAAUUGCAGCACGGCUGAAAGCUAGUGAUUAUGGGAGUUGUAGCUGAGCAGCAUCUGGUCACAGGUUCCACGCCUCAUCUGUAGUCCCUACACCCUGCCUAUAGCAACUAAGUCUUAAAUGCAUUACAUAAAUGCAACUUCCAUUGUU